AUGAAGGUAUUCGUCUCGCUGUUAUUCGCUUUGCUCGGGCUCGCCUAUAGCGAGAAGAUAUUGAUCGAGGCUCCAAUUUUCGAAUUCCAUCACCAAUGUCAUCUCGACGGCCAAUUCUACAACGAGACGCACUUCCAGCGCGACGAGCCCUGCUUGAGAUUCCCAAGAUGUUCAGGAGGGCAGAUCCAAUACAGGCACAAGCACGAAAUGUCCUACAAGAUCCACGCGGAUAAUCUCGAAAACUUUGCCGGACUGAAGCUUGAGAUCAGCCCGACUAGCCAGGCGAUGCAGGAGUUGCUGGUCAAAGAAAAUCAGAUCCAGUACUUGUCGCUUCCGCAGGCCGAAUGCUUUGGUUGCCCGUACGUCAACUCCAGCUGGACGUACGGCUAUCCGGAUAAGGCGAAGCGCUGCUAUUACGUGCCGCUGAACGAGGGGCAACGACAGCGUGGCAACACGACCGUCGACCUGAGCGUCGUGAUGAGCUGUGAGAUGAACACCGAGAAGAAACAGGGUGUCCUCGUGGAAACCUUCGACCCGUCGGCCUACAAGGCGCCCUCCCUCAAGUACGAGCUGAAAACCGGCUGCGCCACCCUGGUCACCUCAAUUUAUGCGCCGAUUUUGGCACGGCUUGAGGAUCGUAGGAUUAAGCCAAACGGUGGAAAAUGCGUUGAGCGGAGCAAGGAUGAGGACCCUAGAAUCGAGAUGCUUUUUUCGCCAGGGACAACAAAAUCAACAUCUAGCUGGAAGCACUUAUCGGUUAAACCUGCGCUGAAGGCCUGCAAGCGGGACGUAACCAAGUUCACGUUCCCAAGCGCCGCCUUCCGCUUCUCCGGCAAGAAUGACUGCGAGAAGGGGCAAAGCUACGAGAUUAAAUGGUUUGGGAAAGGCUACAUGGAAAUCGACAACAUCCACAAUUGUCAAGCC